CUUCCUAGUCAGAUUCGUUGCCUCCCACAAUGUAUCAACGCUAACUGUUUUUGUCUAGGGACAGGUUUCGGAGACCAGUGGCAGUGCGCAUGUGGUUGAUUCAGCGAGAGUCGAGUCCAGUGAGCAAGAGCAACUUGAGAGCACUUGACAGCGGCGAGUUUAGCAACACUAGCUAGCUACUGAACAAGCGAAACAAGCGUUUUUUCGGACAAUUAAUAUUUGACAAGAAAUUUGAAUGAACAAACGACCACUAGGAGAGAGGCGAUGACAAAACCUUGAUGCUUUGGUGGACCAUACAUAGCCAUACGCCUGGCUGAAGAAAAUCUAAACAUCUGCUUCAGGGAAAGGUGUUAAUCUUACUUGACAACUAGCCAUAAUGUUUUGGAUUUGACUUGCUCAGUCAUCAAUAUGGUGCUUUCAUAUCAAGCAGUGUUUGUAAGGUCAUUUAACUGAACAUUUUUUUUUGAGGUAACUAGCUAGCUAGCCAGGCUACUGCUUGCUUGAAUUUGCUAGCUAGCUUACUAGUCAACGUUAGCAAUUGGACCUGCACUUGGUAUUCAAUCAAACCAGCCGAUUCAGUCGUCAAUUCAGGAAUUUGCGGUCGUGCAUGUUAAUGCAUCAUCUGUUUCAAUAGCUCUGCCAGCCCAGCACACCCAUGAUCCAGCAGGCAGCUGAUGGAAGAUCCGGUUCCCAACUUGCCCACCAUGGUCUCCAGGCUGCCCAAGUUUGGCUCGCGCCCCACGGCUGUGGCUGCCACCGCCCCACUGACCAAUGGGACCCGCCACCACCCUGCCUCCAGCACCACGGGCAAAGGGUUACCCACUGCCACCACCAGGCAGAACGGAACAUUCCGGAUGUCCUCCUUCUCUCUGAAGGGGAAAGGGGGAUACCCUGUGGAGAGGGGGAGGGACUCAUGGGAGGAGGACAGAACUGGAGCUGGGCAUCAACCCCGACAACCACAGCACUUACCAAUGGUGGUACGGGAGAUUAAGAAGCCGUCUAGCAUGCCUGCCACAGGUAAGGUACAGGGGUGUGCUUCCACCUUCCCCAGGACUAUACGCUCCAGAACUGGGUCUCGCGGGGCUGUCCCCAAACAGGCCUUGUCUGGACAGAGUCUCGGCAAUGGCAAAGCGGAUCUCAAAGGCCAGGCGGGUGGUGGUGGACGGUCUGGGACCGGUUCAGUCAGGCGGGGCCAAAGCUGUGGUUCUCCUCACAGCAACCUGACCAGCAGCCUGUCCCAGUCCAGCGACAGCCUGGAGACGGCCACAGAGGAGAACAUGGUGCGGUCCCAGAGCCUCACCCACGUCAAGAGGAUCCCCUCCUCCACCGAGCCACCCAUCAUCCGUUCCUACUCCUUCAACAGGUCCUCGGAGCUGGCCAAGGAGCUGCCCAGGCCUCUAGCCAAGUCCCCGCUGGUCAAGACAUCUCCCCUGGCCAGACCAACCCCUGUGCUGAGUAGUGGGGGGAGAGGAAAAGGCCUACAUCUUAGUAAGUGUGGACCUAGACCAGUGCCAGGCAGGGCUGGGUUGGAAACAACUAGCUGCAUCUUGCCACCCAUCACACUGAGGAAGUCCUUACUACCUAGUUCAGCCUCCUCCACCACCAAGUCUUCGGCCCUCAGCUACAGGCUUACACGACCCUCCCUCAUCAAGCAGCCUUACCUUGUCCUGGCCCCCACCUCCCAGAAGGUCCAUGGCAACAAAAAGGAAAGCGAGGGGAGGAGGAACUUGGUGGAGAUGCCCGCUGUCACCCCAGACCUGACCAGCAUCACUGACAGCCCAGGGAGUACCCCAGAGGGCCUGCUAGAGGAGCCUGUGGCCCCCAGUGGUGUACAUCCCCUGGGAGAAGGCCUGGAGGACAUGUCCCUCUCCUCCACCUCCUCCCUGGAGCUCAACGACACCAGCGAGGAGUACAUGGACGAUUUUGACAACCUGGGAAAUGGAGGAGACUGCAUUCUGCUGCUCCCGGCCCAGAACGGAAGGCUCGAUCAAUCACAGCCUGACUUGGAUGAUGACAACGCAGACGUCAACCGACGGCACGGUGGAACCUCCAUGACUGGCCUUCACAGCUUCCUGUCUGACAGUGUGGACUGGGCCAGGAUGGGACUCACUGGGGGGUUGUCUCGGCGUACUAGCCAGGCCCUGUCUGGGGGUGCAGAAUACCCCCUUGGCUCAUCUCUGGACCUGUCCCCCUCAGACUCUGGCUCGGGGGGGACCUACAUGUGGGACGAGGAGGGUCUGGAGGCCCUUGGGACCAUCACACACCCCUGUGGGAGUUACGACUCAGACCUCAACAGCAUGGACAUACUCAACAACCUGGACAACCUGGAGUCUGGGUGUGACCUGGAUGACGAUGACCUCAUGCUGGACGAUGACCUCCCUGCGCAUGGCUCCUUGCACAGUGAUACUGAUGGGAUGUCCCAUCUGACCCACUGGAGAAGACAGCUCUGUUGGAAUGCAGAGGAUCACCUCCACAAUGACAACCGUAGUGACGUUGGGUUCCAGCCGUAUGAUGGGUACCAGGGCACAGGCUUGUCAGGUCUUCAUCAGGCUGUGGAGCUGGACGAGCUGACUCUGAAACACAUGGCGGAGGACUGCUGCUCUGUCAAGACCCAGCUAGAACACCUGAAGCUACUGCUGCAGGUGGAGGUUGGUAGUGAGAUGGACAACACUCUGGAUACAUUGAGUCCAGAAUCCAGAGAGGACCCCAUUCGAGCUCGACAGGUGGAGGAGCUGUUGAAGGAGGUGCAGGAGCUGAGAGAGGAGCUGAGAAGUAAAGAUAGGAUCAUUGCUCAGCUCACCAAGCAUGUGGCUGUUCCUGUCGAGCCCACGAGAUGCCACUGCCAGCAGCACAGGGAUGUGGAAAGUGUGACGGUGACCUACCAUGACAAGGCCACACAGACUCCACCGUGGAGGGGACAUGCUCCUCAAAUACUACAGCCUUCCAGGCCAUGGCCCAACAGCGUGCAGCAACCUCAACCCCAGGAAAGACUAACAAGCUCAGCCCACACCGAGGCCCCCCGGGACUCCUCCAACCCAGGCUGUGGGGACCCGGCCAAAAUGAUUCCUGCCCCUAGCCUCCCGCAGUCCCCCGGCUCUCUGAAAACAGCCUCCAUCCCUAAAAGGCCACAGGAAGGCCCCAUAACCAACUCCACCCAGACGUCCAUGGCAGGCUUCCCCAGGGUGGUGAGAGGAAUCCAGUUUAGGAGCAGUCCCAGGCCGGGCUUCACAACUCCACAGUCCAGGCUGCUCCCACCUCCCUUCAGAGGUCUGCCCUGCUACAGCUCCUCGAACCAGGCCUCUGCCUCCUCCCAGGGCCCUGCACUGCCGGCCUGCCCCCGGACCAGAGCACCCAGACAGACUCCAGGCCUCAGAGAACCAGAGAUUGGCGGGCUCAAGGCCAGAGGUCUAGUCCAUCCCAGCCUCUUACGACUUCCCAAGCCAAAGAGCCACUGACCGCUAUCUCUCAACUCUCAAACAUUGCCAUGUAGCAAGACCACUCAGCACCACCUUCUACCCAUUCAAACCCAAAAGAUCUAACUUCUUCUAAAGGCUUCCAGGCCUCACCUCAGCAAGGUUACCGUGUCUACCCUGUAAGAAUGGAAGACUUGUAGAUUAUAUCCGAAAUAACAAACUAGGUGGUUCAUGCCCUGAAUGCUGAUUAGCUGACAGCCGUGGUAUAUCAGACUGUAUACUACGGGUAUGACAAAACAUUUGUUUUUACUGUUCUAAUUACGUUGGUAACCAGUUUAUAAUAGCAAUAAGGCACCUCGGGGGUUCGUGGUAUAUUUCCAAUAUACCACGGCUAAGGGCUGUGUGCAGGCACCCCGUGUUAAAUUGUGCUUAAGAACAGCCCUUAGCCGUUGUAUAUUGGCCAUAUACCACACCUUCUCGGGCCUUAUUGCGUAAAUAAAUAUAUGACCCCACAGACUAUUUUAGCUUGCCUGCUGCGCUUCCAGUAAGACUCACUCAAGGUCCGAAAUAAAAUUGACCCGUGUGCAUUUGGUAUCUGCCUUAUACAAAGGCGUCAAGCAUAACACAAUAAUGGUUUUUCCCCUCCAAAAGCACGCUUCAGUACAAUCUAUCAAAUCAAAUCAAAUUGUAGACCUUACCGUGAAAUGCUUACUUGCAAGCCCUGUACAGAGUGCAGUCUAGAUCAGUUAAAUGCACAUAUUGUUUGUGUGAAAUGUUGUUUCAAAGUGUGAACUUUCAGGAUGCUUGACACUUACAGUCCCUCCAGAACUUUUACUCUCUGGCCAAAACGUGUCCCAGAUGAUGGUUCCUCAUGCAUACGUACACCACAACAUAUCCCAGAUGAUGGUUCCUCAUGCAUACGUACACCACAACAUAUCCCAGAUGAUGGUUCCUCAUGCGUACGUACACCACAACGUAUCCCAGAUGAUGGUUCCUCAUGCAUACGUACACCACAACAUAUCCCAGAUGAUGGUUCCUCAUGCAUACGUACACCACAAUAUAUCCCAGAUGAUGGUUCCUCAUGCAUACGUACACCACAACAUAUCCCAGAUGAUGGUUCCUCAUGCAUACGUACACCACCACAUAUCCCAGAUGAUGGUUCCUCAUGCAUACGUACACCACCACAUAUCCCAGAUGAUGGUUCCUCAUACAUACGUACACCACAACAUAUCCCAGAUGAUGGUUCCUCAUGCAUACGUACACCACAAUAUAUCCCAGAUGAUGGUUCCUCAUGCAUACGUACACCACAACAUAUCCCAGAUGAUGGUUCCUCAUACAUACGUACACCACAACAUAUCCCAGAUGAUGGUUCCUCAUACAUACGUACACCACAACAUAUCCCAGAUGAUGGUUCCUCAUGCAUACGUACACCACAACAUAUCCCAGAUGAUGGUUCCUCAUGCAUACGUACACCACAACAUAUCCCAGAUGAUGGUUCCUCAUACAUACGUACACCACAACAUAUCCCAGAUGAUGGUUCCUCAUGUGUACGUACACCACAACAUAUCCCAGAUGAUGGUUCCUCAUGCAUACGUACACCUAAACGUAUCCCAGAUGAUGGUCCUGCGUGCGUAGGUACACCGCAAGUACAACUAUCUGACCUUAAUAUAGCAUUUAGGUGCCCUAAUACUAAUUGACUUACUGAACUACUACAUGAUACCUGUAUGUAGUUGUUGCGCUUAGUAUAGCUAUUGACCUGAUGUACUCACUGAACAGUGUCCUAGAUGAAUGAAGACGAUAUUAUAACACAGAAAAACGGUUACAGGAACAGAGAAUCCCUUUUGACUUGAGCAGGGAACACUUUUAGAAGUGCAGAUAUUUUGGUUAUAUAGACUAGAGAAUAUAGUCACAUCAGAUAUUGUCCCUCUGGCUAAACUGGGGAGAUUCUAACAGUUGUGUUAGGUUCUAAAGUUCCCCUUGUCACUUCUCAGUAUUACUUCUCUCUGGUUUCAAAACACCUUUAUUCUCUCUGCCUUGCGUGUUUUGGUGCAUUCUCAAAUGUAGCUGUAGCGACCACCGUCUACCGACAGUCAGUCAGUCAGUCUGUCUGUCUUGUCCGUUGCAGUUGGAUUGAGACACAGGGAUAGCAGGGAUCCAUCUAGAGGAGCCAUCUUGUGCAGUUGGUGCUCUGACAGAGCUGUCUUUGUUUCCCCGUGCUUCCGUAAUGAGAAGGUCUAGUUUGGUCUGUAGGAAGAGGCCUCCUACACUCUACUGUAAUGACACUGCAGAAGAGAAGAGCUCCGCUUCUAGAUGUGCUUCAGGCCAGGGCCCUUAAUAGAAGGGGACAGAAAGAAAGAAAAGGUCCUAGCAUGAAACAAUAUUGCAGUUAUAGUGUGCAGGCUUGUGGUGACCAUGUGAUUCCGUAAUGGUGUCGAGUCGGGUCCAGUUGGCAUGGUUACGCGGCCGAGUGGCACAGCAGAGGGAUGUGUUGAUGUCAAGUGGUUGAAGCACAUGCUCAGUGUGUCCCUGUCGACAGCAGGGCCAGACUCAUUCCCACGGUAUAACACCCACCCUCCAUGUCUUCUACCACACCUUCUUCUCUCAGUCCUUCCCCCAAGGGUCCCAUUGAGUGUGUCACAGUGGGCCAGCGUGUCAAGGAGGGUAGAGAGGGAUACGACUCUUAUUCCUCUUCUUCAAAGCCAUAAUGUCUAACUACUUCCUGGUCCGUCGCUAUGUUUAGUCCUAGAGAGCUUUAAGUAGGAGCCUAAUGGGCGCCAUUUAUACCCUUGACCUAUCAGGUCCUUAUUUCCCUUAUGUCAUAACUGACCUUUUGAUCCCAAGUCUUCUGAUUGGUUGGCUCAGCAUACGUUGUAGAAUGCUUUGAGAGGAACAACAUCACCCAGUCAACACAGUCUCAAAGAUAAGAUUGAGAAUGGCUCUUUCUGUAACUUAAUUUGGUCAUUCUUCUUCCCCCACUAAAGCUUCCCAUGCUUUUCUAUGCAACACAGUUGUGCCCUACUCAUGGAAGAUAAGUCUCAUUGGUACAUAGUCACAGCACAGUGGACAAUGUGCUGUUGGCCUUCAUGUACCCCUCUCAUUAUGAUCCUAUGUUAAGCCAGCUGUAGUGUACAAAUGUACUUGAUAUCCCAAGCACUUGUCUUGCUGCCACACAGCUCUUGAAGUAUUUGUCUUCCCAUUUCUAAAUGAUUGAAAGCCAUGCCCCGUAAAGGUCAUGUACCCUUGUGUUAUAUUUGUCAAGCGUUUCGAAGUACAUUCGGCAGCAUUCCUAUCCUGGUUCCAGAUCAGUUUUUUUCUGACUCCAUCGCUGUCAUUGUCAAGCCAAACGUGUUUGGCAUGAUGAUGAGUGUAAAGGAGUUGGCAUGAUACACAAACAGACUGGCAACAGCAACCCCACCAAGUAUGUACAUGACAUCACUCCCAACAGUCCCGGGACAUGAGAAAUGUCACUCCAAAUCAAUUCUCCUAUUUGGAAUGCAAGGCUGCUUCCCCAUCCCACCCAGAGAAGAACAACAUACUUUUUUAUACAUUUCAUCUCUUCAAAUGAUAAUCAAACAAUAAAUGAACUACUAUUUGAGGACCUGUAGGGAUGAGACAGAGAUUAAUUUAAUCAAUUCCUGUUUGACAGUGAGAGUCCUUGAUUUAAAGGAUUUAGAAUAUUCAGGGGUGGAAAUAUUUUUUAGAUGAACGGGAUCUUAACAGAAGCUCAACGUAUUUACCUCUGAGAAGUUCUCACCCAAACCCCCCAAAAAUAGUGACCUAAAGUUAUUGAAAAGGGUUGCGAUUUAUUAAUAAUGCAUUAUUAUUUUCCGGUUGUCUAGCUUUGCCUUACCAUAAUAUGGUAUGUAGAUUGAACAAAAAACUUGCCCUCGAAUUGACUGUACGGUCAACAGGAUAGAAUAAAGAAUAAGGUCAUGGAGCAGCAAUGCUCUUCUUGUGUAUAACAAAAGUGCCUGCUUUUGUGACUUCAAUUCUCGUGGUCCUGAACAUUUGGUGUGAUCUCCCUCUCUUUGAUUAAACUAGGACCAUAUAGAUAGUUGGGUAUGUAGAUGAGGGAGUGUUCCUCCUGGAGGAAUGGAAGAGUACGGUAAGAGUAGGCCCAACUGUGUUUGCUGAAAGGAGAGAGUGAGUCUGCCUUGGGUUCACAGGUAUAUCCCUUUCUGUAUCCCUCCCACCCUCUACAGGGUUCAACACAGGGUUAUGCGUUAUGCCCGCGCAGCCUAGCAGAUGUUAGAAUGCCAGUCACACUUAGUAUUUACUGUCGCAGGCUCACUCUCAACACAUUCUGACUGGGGGAGGCAAACCUGUUUGUGUCUCUUUCUCGCUACAGUAGCAUUCUCUGUAACACAGGCCAGGUUAGUGGAGCUACAGUACUGUAUUUGAAAAAGCUCGCCAGGCUAUGCUUCCAGUGCUGACAGCUCGCAUGCUUUGAUGCUCUCUGGUGUGCCUCCUCUUUCUUGUAAGCAGUCUUGAGGAGAUUUGUCUCUGUGUUGCCGUCUCUUUCCGACUUCCCAAAUCUUAGCUUGAAGGCUCUUUUUUACUAGCUUUUUUUAAUUUAUGCAUUUUUAUUGUAUUUAUAUUUGAGAAAUGCUGAAACUGUAGUUUCAUUGAUGAAAUGACAUUGUAAACAGCGGGAUGUGUUUCCCGCUCAUAACCAUCUGUUCAGUUAAUGUUCUUCAUUAUUUCAUCAGGGUGGUCUUAAACACGGUCUGCUUCCCAAAUGGCACCCUAUGCCCUUUUAUGGUGUUCUACUUUUGACCAGAGCCUUAUGAGCCCAGACGUUCCCAAAGUAGUGCACUAUAUAGGGAUUAGGGUGCCGUGUGGAACGCGGCAACUAUCGCACCAGGCAGACAAUGGUUGUGUCCGAAAUCUGUUUUGCCUGCUACUUCCUAAAAUGACAUACUGCAUACUAAUCAUUCUACAGGACAUACUAUUCAGAACGUACUGUUUAGUAAAAAUGUAUGCAGAUAGUGAACAACACAUAUCUGAGAAUGCGUCAAGGAAUGCACACUUGUGUUUGUUAGUCGUUGUCAAAAACACGUGGCUCUGAAAAGACAAUUCUCGUCCUCAGUAGCAUGCAGCUAUUCAUACUAGAUUAAAAGCCGAAAUUAAUACAACAUCCUGGCAUGUAAAGCAAACAACAUUUUAUAAAUGUCACAUACUAUAUAAAACGCUCUAUUUUCGCAUACCUAAUCAGCCUGCUAUUUAGAACGCAAGUACAAAUAUUUGGACACGGCCGAUAUGUCUCCUCGCUACCAGUAGAACCUCUACUGUAGAAGGACUACUGGUAGGAUAAUAGAAACAUGAACCAGUUAUCUUCUAGGUGGAAAGGGUUCAGUUUGGGGUCCAUAAUCUUUCGCUUUGUUGUAGUCUAAUAUUACUGCUGUAAACGUACAACUCCGUAACACGAGUAUAUUCAAUAUGCAGUACUGUAUGACGUACUGUCCUGUUCAAGUCCUUCACCUCGCCAGCCACCACAUUGACUGUACAGUAGAACUUGUUUUUCUCACCUGUGACAGGAAACUAAAAAUGGAGAAAGUCUGCUCUGAGGAUCGGUUUUCUCGUGUGUUUUGUGUUAAUCUUCCUGCCAAUUCUGUUUUACUUCCGUGUUUGCUAUACUGCUAUUUAAUUUGUGCAAUACGAUAACGAUUGAAAACAUACUGUUGUACACAAUGCUAAUUAUUUAUAUGUAUAUGACAUACAUUAUCUAUAUCUGUGUUGUAAUUGUCACGGAGUUCUUGAGCUUGUCAAAAAAAAAAAGAGAAAGCUCAAUCUGAAAUGCACUUUAAAUGAUUGUGUUGAGAGACUUGGAACAGGAAGGAAUGAACUUGAAAACGUAUCGAACUGCUUUCUGUUUAGAUCUGACUCCUUUUUGCUGUGAUAUCUGAGGCUACGGAGUGGCUGAGUGCUCAAAUAAAGACUGCACCAAAUCUA